AUGACGGCGUGGUCAUUCGCUCGCCCUCUUGUCAUUGACAAGGCGACCUUUGAGCGGCAUGGCGGCGAUGUCAAGAACGUGGCGACUAGUAUCAAGACGCACAAUGAAGAGUUACGUGCCUCUAGCUACGAAACACCCUGGCUUGUCGUUGGCCGCAUAAAUGGCUGCACCGCAACAUGGCUUGGCGAGAAAGACGGUUGGAGUUAUGUGCUUACUGCGGCACACUGCGUCGCGUACAAAGGCACCGAAACGGCCAUAAGCAAGACCUUUACCGCGCCUGGAGGGCAAGUCAUUGCAUCAGGCAAAGGUACCGUGUAUGUACCACAGCAACGGGUCAAAAAGCCAAAGGGUAUGGGGGGUGCUUCUACCGACAUCGCCAUCCUCAAGUUGCCCACUCGCAACCCGAUGGUCGACAAGGCCGGCAAGUCGUUAGAGCAGCCAAUCCUCAACGACGCGCUGGACGAGAAAGGCAGAGAUGUCAUCUUUGUUGGUUACGGAAGCUGGGGCGUCGGCUUGGACCGCAGCGGCGCGUACGGACCAUCGCAGGGCGAGCGGCGGCUGUACGGGCGCAGCCGCAUCAAUAGCAUUUUCGAACUCGAACAUGGAAUCGGAGCGAGUUACAAACCCGCAGGGCCAUCGCCAUUCUGGGCGCGGACGGCCCCAGGCGACAGCGGUUCUGCUUGGUGGCAGAUCCGCGAGGGCAAGCCAGUGAUUAUCGCGACAACAAACGGUGGCCGCCCAACCGAAGCGACUGGCGCGCGCAUGUCAAAAUAUGCCGCCUGGGUCAAGUCCAUCUACCCGGAGGCGCGCAUCUUGUCAGCCGAGAAGCCCCAAGGCUGCAUUGUUAGUCUGCAUACAAAAGCGCGGUAUUGCAUGUCUGCCGGCACGAGGCCCGAGUCUUCUCUGCCACGGUGGAUAUACGAGCAUGAGAUCUACGUAGAUGCCGCGCCAGGCACCGCAGUGAAGCUAUCAGACUUUGACAAUCUUUCGUAUAACCGCAUCGCAACUUUUGUCGGGACAGUCGAAAACAACAGGCUCAAGUCGGUCAAGGCAGCCAACGGCAAGUACCUCGACUUCUCGCGGCCACACUCGAUGCGCGUGGUCAAGGAUACAACCCCAGUCGGCUGCAUCACGAGCCUGACAACCAGCGCAAGCUAUUGUCUGCCUGCCGAGCAGCAGUCGGAGAGCUCGCUGCCGUCCUGGAUCUACGCGCAUGACGUGCAGGUCGAAGCCGCGCCGGGAACCGCAGUCAUACUGUCGGACUCUGAUAACCUCCCGCAGGACCGCCUCGCAACGUUUACCGGAUUCGUUCAGAACUGGGACUUGACCAAGGUGAGAGCCCUGAAUGGGGAAGAUUUGGACUUUUCGCGGCCAAAGUCGAUGCGGGUCAUCCGGCAAUAA